AUGUCGUGGCGUGGGCGAUUAUCUUUCAAGGUUUAUAAUCCAAAUAAGCCAGAUAAGUAUGGAAUAAAAUUGUACAUGCUUGCUGAGGCAUCAUCGGGCUACAUAUAUGACUUUGAAGUGUAUGCUGGAGUUGGUAAAACAACAGUGGAGACAGUCAUGGGCUUGAUGCAGCCCCUAAUGUACAAGGGUUAUCAUCUUUAUAUGGAUAAUUACUAUAACUCUGUCCAUCUCACAGAAAAGCUACGUGAACAUGGUGUUUAUACGUGUGGAACAAUCAGAUUACACCGUGGCGCCCCCAAGCAUCUGCAACAGCAAGCAAAGGGUAAAAUUCCCGUUGAUAAAACCAUAUUCUGCCGCAAGGAUAAUACAUUUCUAAUCCUGUGGAAAGACAAGCGAGUGGUCUCAGUGAUCACAAACUGCCACAAUGCUGACACACAGGAAGUCGAACGAAGGGAAAGAGUGAGGAAACGUGACGGAACGACUGAAGUGAACCUUGUAACUGUGAACAAACCCAAUGCUAUAUGCGACUACAACACCCACAUGAAAGGUGUUGAUCACUUUGACCAAAUGGUCAAAUAUUACAAGUUCACACGGAAAUGUCAUAAGUGGACAAAGAAAAUUACCUUCUAUUUCCUGCAAAUGGCUCUGCACAAUUCAUAUGUGUUGUACAAGAACUACACUACUGAUGAGAAGAAAUUGACCUUGCUCCAGUUUCAUGAGGUAGCAAUAUGGUCCUUGUUGAGGUGGGACCAAGAGUGGCCUAACACGGAUGACCCUAUCCCACAUGCUCCGGAUAUCAAUGCUGAUUCUGAUGAUGGCGAUGUUGACAGUCCGGGACCAUCUGGUGUGAGGCGUCCUCUAUUUGCUUCGGCACGUCGUCAAGCACACGACUCCUCAUCUGACUCAGAACCUGAAACGGAUCCUAGUACCAGUCAUCGUCCUCCUGCCAAGAAAAACCCACGUAUUGUGGAUCCCGAGGAUCGUCUAAAUAAAAAGUUGACUCAUGCUAUCGUCAAACUCUCAAAACGUCGACGGUGUCGUGUUUGCAUGAAGUCGGGAGUAAGGAGGGACUCUAUGUAUCAGUGCAAGACGUGUGGAAUUGCACUGUGUGUUACACCAUGCUACACAAAAUACCACCGCAAGAGGGUAUUUUGGGUGGCGAAAAAAUAG